AUGGCGUCCGCCACUGAGGGGGACGUGGGAAUUGCCGCGGAGCCGGUGACGGUGCUGCAGUCGGUUUUCGAGGAGCUGAGCCUUAACAAGUUGGCGACGUCCCUGGGCGCGUCAGAACAGGCGCUGCGGCUCAUCAUCUCCAUCUUCCUGGGUUACCCCUUGGCUUUGUUUUAUCGACAUUACCUUUUCUACAAGGACAGCUACCUCAUCCAUCUCUUCCAUACCAUUACAGGCCUCUCGAUUGCUUAUUUUAACUUUGGAACUCAGCUGUACCACUCCCUGCUAUGUGUUGUGCUUCAGUUCCUCAUCCUGAGACUGAUGGGCCGUACCAUCACUGCCGUCCUCACUACUUUUUGCUUCCAGAUGAUCUACCUUCUGGCUGGAUAUUAUUACACAGCCACAGGCAACUACGAUAUCAAGUGGACAAUGCCACAUUGUGUUCUGACUUUGAAGUUGAUUGGCUUGGCGGUUGACUACUUUGAUGGCGGGAGAGACCUGAAUUCCUUGUCCUCUGAGCAACAGAAAUAUGCCAUACGGGGUGUCCCUUCCCUGCUGGAAGUUGCUGGUUUCUCCUACUUCUAUGGGGCCUUCUUGGUAGGGCCCCAGUUCUCAAUGAACCACUACAUGAAGCUGGUGCAGGGACAGCUGAGUGACAUACCAGGGAAGAUACCAAACAGCACCAUGCCUGCCCUCAAACGCCUGAGUCUGGGCCUCAUCUACCUAGUGGGCUACACUCUGCUCAGCCCCCACAUCCCAGAAGAUUAUCUUCUCACUGAAGACUAUGAGAACCGCCCUUUCUGGUUCCGCUGCAUGUACAUGCUGAUCUGGGGCAAGUUUGUGCUCUACAAAUACGUCACCUGUUGGCUUGUCACAGAAGGAGUGUGCAUUUUGACGGGACUGGGCUUUGAUGGCUUUGAUGAAAAUAGAAAGCCAAAGUGGGACGCUUGUGCUAACAUGAAAGUAUGGCUCUUUGAGACUACUCCCCGCUUCACUGGCACCAUCAACUCCUUCAACAUCAAUACCAAUGCCUGGGUGUCCCGGUAUGUCUUCAAAAGACUCAAGUUCCUUGGAAGUAAAGAACUCUCCCAGGGUCUCUCCUUGUUAUUCUUGGCUCUCUGGCAUGGUCUACACUCGGGAUAUCUGAUCUGUUUCCAGAUGGAAUUCCUCAUUGUUAUUGUGGAAAGACAGGCUGCCAGCCUAAUUCGUGAAAGCCCAGCCCUAACCAACCUGGCCUCCACCACUGUCCUGCAACCCUUCUUCUACUUGGUGCAACAGACCAUCCACUGGCUCUUCAUGGGUUACUCGAUGACUGCCUUCUGCCUCUUCACCUGGGAAAAAUGGCUUAAGGUGUAUAAAUCCAUCUAUUUUCUUGGCCAUGUCUUCUUCUUGAGCCUACUAGUCAUACUGCCUUAUAUUCACAAAGCAAUGGUGCCAAGGAAAGAGAAGUUAAAGAAAAUGGAAUAAUCUCUUUUUCUGGUGGCCUCACAGGACUGGUGCAGAAACUGUCUGUCUCCUUUUUCACAGGACUCCCUCGCCCCAGAGCACAGAGAACACAGAAGCCAGGGAAUGGGAAGACAUGGCACUCUGCUGCCAGCCAAGUCUCUUCAUUUGGGGCC